UCCAUCAUUGACGCGGUUUGCUUUUAACUAGUAAUAUCACACAAAACCACCUGGAUGUUUUUGACCUGAGAGAGAAAGAGCAGCUGUUAUAAAAAUAUAUCACUUGUGAAGGUUACUGUGAAGAGACAGACUAUGUCCAAAGAGCUUGGGAUGAGGCCAGUGAUGGUUCUGCACAAUGAGGGAGUUAACUUCCAGUUGCAUUCUGUCAGCAAUGAGGAUGAAGCCUGGAAAAGCUACCUGGAAAACCCAUUAACUGCAGCAACGAAAGCCAUGAUGAGCAUUAAUGGUGAUGAUGAAAGUGUGGCUGCUUUAAGUCUCCUCUAUGACUAUUAUAAGGUUCCAAAGCAGGAAAGACUUCUGUUGCCUGGAAAAGCGACUCGUCCCUGUGAAACAAAUGCAGUAAGGAGGAAUAACACUGGGAUUGGAUUUGAUUUUGACAACAUUUCAUUUCUGGAAAAUUCAAUUCAAACCAUGAAACCUUUGCCUGAAGAUAUCAUUAUGUCAACAGAGUUCCCUGACCCAACCAGAAGAUCCCAACGGUUCCAUUCAGAUUCUAGCUUUCCAGUUCCCAAAUCUCAGCCAUUGUUGGAUAGCUGUAUCACUACUCCCACAGAUUUAUAUGACUGCAAUCUCACCGAAUCAUUCGAUAAUAUUUUAAUGGAACAGCCACAACAGAGGUGGACUGCUGAGAACAUGUCAGCUGAGGCCUUUCUUAACGACUUGAUAAGACCAACUUGUGUUGAAGACAAUAUUACAAAAAAUAACCCAAGGGUUGACUUUCAGUGCAUGCUGGAGGCACCUAAAUCUGUCAACCAGAAACCUGGAGAAGAAUCAUUGGGUUACCUCAACAAAGGACAGUUUUAUCCAAUCACACUGAGAGCUGUGGAGACUGACAAAUGUUUACAAUCACACUCAACCAAAGUUCGAAGUAUGAUAAUGGCUGUAUUUGACAAUGGAAAGACUCCAGAAGAGCAAUUGAAGUAUUGGAAACACUGGCAUUCCCGACAGCAUACUGCAAAGCAAAGGGUCAUUGAUUUUGCAGAUUACAAGGAAAGCAACAACACCAUCAACUGUGUAGAAGAAGUGGCAUUCAAUGCUCUUUCGUUCCUCUGGGAUACCAGCAAAGAAGCAAAGGUUCACAUUGGAAUUAACUGCCUGAGUACAGACUUCUCCUCACAGAAGGGAGUCAAAGGUCUUCCCUUGAAUCUCCAGAUAGACACCUAUGACUGUGAAAGCAAAUCAGACAAACCUAUUCACCGGGCUGUCUGCCAGAUUAAGAUAUUUGUGGACAAGGGUGCUGAGAGAAAAAUGAGAGAUGAAGAACGCAAACAAUCUAAAAGAAAAAGCAAGUACCCAGAUUCCACCACGGAUGUUGUGAGUAACAAGAGGAUUCCACAACCAGACCACAAAGGAAAUGACAUCACAUAUUUUAAGCCAGUGACAGAUGUAAUUUCUCCUCCUGUUCUAUUCACCCCAGAAGCCCAUUUCCUUUAUUCACAGCGAACUGGAUUGGUGCACUCAAUGGGUUGUGAGAUCACACAUCCUGAGAGGUUCCCUGUAAAGAGGGGAAACACGACACUGUACAAGGAUGAUGAGGAUCUAUCAAUCAAACAUGCCAAGCUAUGUGAACCGGAGAGAGUGCUGCUAUAUGUACGCAGGGAGUGUGAAGAGGUUUUUGAUGCCUUGAUGUUAAAGACUCCUAAUCUUAAUGGAUUAAAAAAUGCUAUUUCGGAGAAGUAUGGGCUGCUUGAGGAGAGAAUUUGCAAAGUUUACAAGAAAUGUAUGAAAGGAAUCUUGGUGAACAUGGAUGAUAACAUUGUGCAGCAUUACUGUAAUCAUGCCGCAUUUUUGGUGGAGAUAAAGGACAUAUGUGGAGGCUAUCAAAUAACACUUAAGGAGAUCUAAAGAGACUCAACAUUCCUAGACAAACUCAGAAGUACAGAAUAUAGGAAAGGACCAGAAAAGACAGAAAAGAUCUGUCCAUGAACAUAUACUAUUGGCUGCUUUGGACUAAAGAACGUUGUGCCAUUAUCCUCUUCUGACCUAACAAUGAAACAGGCUGUUAAAGCCAAGCAUGAAGAGUUCAAUAUUGCCUUAAUUUUAUUCUACACUUGUUUGGAUAUUGCCCGAAACAAUCUUUUCUUCUUUGUUUAUACCGCUCAACAUGUUCCUUCUGGGAUCUGAAAGUCAUACAUGCUUUCACUUCAUCUAACCAAACUCUAUUGACUGUUGGACUGUAUACUGGGUCACCAGCCAGUCUAUAUAUAUUUCAGUAUGUCAGAAUGUGUGAUAUUUUAGGAUCAUUUGCUCAUUUCUGUAAUUGUCAUUUUUGUUUAAAUCUCAAUUCAAUCGUUUCAGAUUUCCAGCAGGUUUUUCAAUAUAUAGUAUUCACACACGGAAUGGCAAAUAGAUUGCUAUUUAUGGUGCUCAUGAAGUAUAUGGAAGAAUUCAUUGCUCAUAACUAAACAUUAUUUUCUUCUGUGGAGGGGGACCUGCCUCCAGUAAUUAAAAGAACAUUGCUUUCUUCUUUAAAUAUUACUGUGUAAUUCCACUGAAACAUCCUUCCCUGUUACACAUCAUAAGUUUGCACCAUUUUUGUCUAAUAUCUCAGUGGAGGAAUCAUUUUAUUGCCACAAAUGGUACCAGCACAUCCUGAUGUGAUCAAGGAUUUCCAUAUUCUUUAAGAUUAUCAGCAUGCACAGAACUUGUGUAUUUUUAGAAUCAUGGUGUGCUGGUAUCAUAUCAUGAUUUGCAACCUUGAAAGCAUUGUAUUAUGGAUGUGUAUAAAAUAUUGUAUCAUAGGGUAACAACUCAGUGAUCUUGCAUGCCCAGCUACCAAAGUACUACUCGGCUUACUAGAUUUAAAAUUUUAGUGGCCCUAAUAACUGUCCAAUUCUUUUUAAAAAAUAACUUGUUUAUGCCCUUUUUUUUAGCAAGUAUUUUCCUUGAUUAGCACAUGAUGAAAUUAAGCAAGGAAGCAGUGCUUUUCUUUGCAGUACCAUUGGGAGAACACUGGUUUCUAUUAAGUUGGAUUACAUUUUUACUGAGCUUCCAAAUUUGAUGGUCAUUGGCCUGACUAAUUAUUUGUAGAGACAUUACAUUUCUACACCUGAAGAUAUGGUAAAAAGAGUGAUUUAAAUAUUUCUGACUUCCUCUGACUGAUUUACUAAACCAACAUAACUUUCUUGGGGUAUAUUUUCACUUGUUUACUAAUGUUUUUGAAUACCUUUACUUGGGUAUAAAGCCAGAAAUGUACAUUAUACUCAAUCAAAGAUUUUCACUUACAUUAUUACAGAAAAACAAGAACAUUUCUUGCAAUGAGUUGUCUUUUUUCCAUUACUAUUUUUGUGCAUCUAAUAUAGUCAGUUUUAUUUUUCAUUUAUUGGUAUUGUACUCAGGAUCUCCACGAUGUGAAAGCAUAUAUAUUGUAAAUAUAAAGAGUUAGCCUCAAGUAUAAACAUUGUGGUGAUGGACAUUUCAUGUUUAUGAUGUAUUUUUCAAACUGCAGAUGAGAUCUCACAAUUGUGGGAUAUAUUUUUGUUAUCCUAUUGUAAUGAGUUAGCAUAUCUGGUAUAACACUCUAAAAUUGUAGCUUCCUGGGUGUCAUCAUUGAUCUUUGAUGUCAAAGAGUUACGUAAGCUUCACUGCCAAAUUCCUGUAAAAAUUUCAAUUGAUUAAAAUGUAAUUUGUUUUAAAAAAACAAAUCUCCAAGCUGUUGUAUUCCUCAUGAUGCUCCAACUGUGUCCAUGUGUCAUUCACAGAGAUAUUUUUAAAGUCGAUCAUUCUAAACAAACAUUGACAUUGUAAUUUUAACUGUUAAAUAUUUCUAUCAGUGUGGUACAUUAAUAAGAACCCGCUUGCCCUCUUAAUACCCUCCACCACCUUCUACUCCUCCUUUAGUAGCUUCCAUUUAUUAGGUUCACCAGCACAAGGCCUUUCUUCACAUCCCUCCUGGGAAGGAUUAGAUAAUACUGUCAGUGCGAAACUCCAUUUGUUUCUUGCAGGAGGAAAAUUGAUUUUAAACUUGCAAGAACAAAAUAGAAUGUACAGGAUGAUGAGGUCUACUACAAUACCUUUAUUCUACAUGUCUCAUGCUGUAAUAACACGUUAGUUAUUUGCUCCAAGGCCCAUUGUGGAAUUUGCUCCGCGUUGUCCUCACUACUUGUCACAGUGUCAGUUCCUUGUAAAGUGACCAAUUGUGUUGGGUGGUGAAAUAUAGAGGGGGGGAUGGGGGGAAACCUUUCAAAAUUGGUAAAGUGCUGUUAAUCUUUCACUUUCUUCAGCACUGCUUCAUCAGGGGAAACAUGUCCAGUAACAACCAAUUAAUGACAAUGGCAAACAGCAGUGAAGGAAACAUUGAAUCACAGUGAAAUAUCUUGUUAAAGCCCAUGCUGCUCGUGGUUUAUGAGUUGGCCUUUCCUUAUGUAAACUGCAUAUCCCCCUUCGUCCUUGCUGUGUCUUUUUCAGUCAGAUACUGUGACAAUUGAUUGUGAAUCAUGUUGGAAAAUGCUGAUUGAACAUGUAACACAUUUUAAUAACUGGGAAACCUUGUCAAAUGAACAAAGAAUUGUUUUUUUAUUUGA